AGCUUUCCUGGUUUCUCAAAUCAAAGAUGGGUGAGAAUGAAAAACAAACAAAAUCAAGGGUGUUGUGUGCUUUACUUGUCACUGCUAUGUUUCAAUUCUUUUUCUCAUCUGCCAAACAGAUUCAGAGCAUCACGAAAAUGCAGACCCAAUCCCCCAAGCGUAUUGGAUCCUCCUUCAUUUUUCCUGUUCAAGGAGACGUCUAUCCUAAUGGGUUCUUCUAUACUUCAGUAAACAUAGGAAAUCCACCCAAAACCUACUACCUUGAUAUCGACACCGGCAGCGAUCUUACAUGGGUCCAAUGUGCAGUACCUGGUGCCAAGCUGCACAAGGCCCCCCACAAUCCAUACAAGCCCAACAACAAUGUUGUAUCCUGUAAGGAUCCCUUAUGUGCCUCUGUCCACCACCCGCCGGAUCAUCCCUGCAGGAGCCCCAGUGAUCAAUGUGACUACGAGGUUGGAUAUGCCGACCAUGGUUCUUCCCUUGGUGUGCUGGUUAGAGACUACUUUACCUUCAAUGUGGCUGCUAAUAGACAAAUUAAUCUGACCUUUGGGUGUGGAUAUGAUCAGGAAUUUUCCGAUCCAUCUACUCCUUCGGUGGAUGGAGUUUUUGGCCUUGCCAAUGGCAAAUCAAGCAUUCUGUGGCAGCUACAGAGUCUCCGUCUAACACGGAAUGUAAUUGGUCAUUGUUUCAGUAGACAAGGGAAAGGAGUUCUUUUCUUUGGAGAUGGUCUCAUUCCUCCAGGAAUUGUUUGGACACCAAUGAAAACCAAUGAAUUGAACCAAUACUUGUCUGGACCAGUGGACCUCCUACUUGGUGAGCAGACUCUUGUUGCCAAGAGUCUUUAUAUAGCUUUUGACAGUGGGAGUACCUACACUUAUCUCAAUUCCCAAGCAUACAGAGAUACACUUUCUAAGAUUAUGCUGGAGUUAAAGACAAAGCCUUUAAAGCCAGUUAAGGAUGGAUCAUUACCGGUCUGCUGGAAAGGUGCAGGGCCUUUUCGAUCCAUAGAAGCAGUCACAAACUACUUCAGUCCCUUGGCAUUAAGGUUUACGAUCAACAAUGCUCCUUUCUCUUUCGCAUUACCACCUGAAAAUUAUCUCAUCGUGACUUCUAAUGGCAACGUGUGUUUGGGGAUUCUGAAUGGAGCAGAAAUAAAUUUGGGAAAUCUGAAUAUCAUUGGAGACAUUUCUAUGUCAGACAAGGUGGUGGUUUAUGACAACGAGAGGAGGAUGAUUGGAUGGGCUUCUUCGAAUUGUGAUACGUGAUUUUGAAUUCUUUUUCCGGUAUCGUUCUUCAAC